CGCCGACGACGACCAGCGCGCGCGCGACCUAGGGUUUCGCGCAUUCCUCCGCUCCCGGCAGCCUCCCUUCCCCGUCGGCCCCCCGAGGUCUGCUGAAUCACGAACAAUGGAGCGGUCUUCUCAGUUGAAUCCACAUGCCACUCCUUUCGUGCCGUCUUUUUUUGCAAAAAGCUUGAAAGCAAACAAGGACCCUGAGAAGCAAGUAGAUGGAACUGAAAAGAAUGUGACUGCUAACAAGUCUGCUGGGUAUGAGCUCCCAGACUCCCUUUCUUUUGAUGACUAUGCUGAAAGCCUAGGAAAGGUCAACAUCUCCGCCGAGUCUUCAUCAAAAGGAGAAGCUGCUGAGGCAAGUCGUGCCGAUAAUCAUCUCGCUGCGGUGGAAUCUCUCUCGCUGAUGUUUCCAGAUGUGUCUGCUGACUCCAUUCUUGAAGUACUGAAGGCCAAUGAAUUUGAUACAGAUCUCACUAUCGAUAUGCUUUUCGACUUGUGUGAAGCUGACGAUAAUGGUCACUCUGCUGAAGCAUCAGGAAACCACCAGCAGCAGCUGCACCACCACCACCCCCCUUCAUCGACAUAGGCGGAACGGGAACUCUCCAGCUACAUCUGAUUUCAAUCCUCUUCACCAUGAGACUGGAUGUAGUGGAGUACAAUUUCUUGCUGCUGUAAAGAAUUCACUCCGAAGUGUUCGAUUAGUGCCAAAGGCAACAAGUACUGUGAUUUGGGGUUUUAAAUUCCGGAUGGAUGUUUAUUGGAGCCUGCCUUAUUGCGAUGCGUAGUUUCACCGGUUGUACAGCUCUCUUGGGUGUAGCCGUUUAGAGUUUGGAAUUGGACAACCUUGUGCCGCAGGCUGCGCUUGUUUCAUGAACCUAUCCGUUGCUGGAAUGCUGGACAUGUACUGCUUGUUCUCCUGGGAUCUGAUUGUGGAGACGAAAUCGUUCACCUUA